AGGAAUGGUGGUGAUGCUGAACAGUUCAUCUGAAGGAACCAGCCAAAAUGGAUAUGUGAAAAAAUCACCAUUUGCAUUUAUUUCAAAUUUAUUUAAAAGAAAGAAAAAUCGUGGUUCAAGAAAUGAUGUGAAGUUCAAGGACUGUGCUUUUGGGGCAAUGGAAGGUGGAUCAGGAUGUCCAUCAACUUCCCCAAAGUACAAAAAUACUAACUAUGUACCAAGAGUACCAUCAACCCUCUCUGUAAAUGCUGUGGAUGUCAUGGUACAAACAACAUGCUGCCCCUCUUCACCAACUGUUUCCACAAUCACUCUUACCCCUGGUCGUACAAGGGAUAUAGACCAAGACAUGGCUGCCCUCAGGCUCUCGCGACAAGAUAAUCCUUUCUUACAGGUACUUGCCAGCAGAGAAAGUUUGGUGGAUAGUGUAGAAGAAUCAGAAUCUGAUGAUGCUAACUUAAUGUCACAGGAGUUUCCAGCAGACUUGGAUGUAGAUCCUCUAACAUUGCCAGAAAUUCAUGAACACAUGAUACGUAGCCCUCCACCAGUGUCCUGGCCAAAGUCACCAAAUUUUAAAGUAUUUCGCUUCCCCUUGCAGUCAAGUGAUGAUGAAUCUAGUCAGGACAGUUUAACACACAAUGGGAAGAAAACUCCAUUGAAAUUGAUCUCACCUCGUCAUUCAAGGGGGCAUUCAAGUGAUUGCCUCAAAGAAUUGUCUGCAGAAGCACUAAGUUCCUGUCAAGUUCCGACUCCAACUAAGUUGGGAUCUUCACCUCAUCAACACCGUUCCUCCAGUGAAACACGUGUGAAAAACAUACUAAGAAAGGAAGCAUAACUAGAAGUUCAGCAACUUUAUAAUGGUGGCAUGUGUACAGAAUCACAUGCUUUCAUCUUAUAGAAUGUAUAACAAAGAAAACAUUUAAGAUUUAGAAUAUCGACUUUUUUAUUAGUUUUUGAGGUAAUAUUAUUGCCUCCAGUGUUUUAUAAGGAAGAAGUGUUGAACUGUGUGCUUCCCUUUUCCCUUAUGAUAUUGUCUUUGUGAAUGUCCUGGGUGUCCAUUGCAUUCCAUGCUGUAAUGUGCUGACAAUGAUUUUAGUUGGGUGAGAUUAUCUGUUUUAUUAAUUUUUUAUUUUUUGUAUGUAUAAUAAAGUGGCAUCAGAUAUCAUACUUCCUCUUUAACAAUAUGAGAGUGAAAUGUGAUAUUUUUUCUGAUAUAGAUGCUAAAGUUCUUCUGUCUACAAAUAUUAAUCUGAAACUAGUUGUAAAACAGAAGUUAAAGACAAAUGUAAUACCUGUGGCGCUCCAUUAGUUUUGGAUUUGGUAUGCUUCUCAGUGUAGUAUUUGUGAAGCAGUGAAGGAGCUGCAAAUCAUAAAUUAUUAUAGGUUGUUACUAUUUAAUGAACAGCUCUUACAUUGUAAGUUUCUAUGCUAUGUGUUUCUAUGUACAGACUUCAGAGAUGUUAUUUAUCUGUUGAGUUGGCUCUCAAUUGUUUGUCAUGUGAUUUGUUGCUUGGAGUGUGUGUGUCUGAAAUGCUGCAGUCAAACUUUUAUAGAACUAGAUUGAGAAGAGUGUUUUUUCCUGUGAUAAAAAAGUAAGAAAAUUAUUUUCUGGAUAAUUACUAAAUGAGUGUCUUUACUUCUUCAACUUCAAGUGGUACUGUUGUGCUGAUUUUAUAAACACUUUGACAAGUGUGUUAAAUUAUGCAUUGUUAAAUAAUGUUUAAUACUCACAUGUUUAUAUUUGCCAAAAUUCUCCAAAGGGAGAAAGGAUGCAAAAUGUUUGUUUCAGAUUCUUGUACUGUACAGUUUCAGUGAUAUAUUAUCAAUGUAUAAUAAUGCAGUACAAACUUAUUAUGAUUUUGUUAGAGCACAAAACAAGAUUGCUGAAUAAAUGCUUCCAAAUAUUCUACAAUAAAAGUCCACAAAUAUUUGUGUGUUGUUGCACUAUAA